UUUAUAUUAAUAAAUAUGGAAGUAAGCCACCAGGAGUCAGCUUUAGACUCUACAGAGGAGAUGGUCAUUGACCUAAUGGACAAACUUGCACAUGUCAAGAAGCAAUUUGGGUUCAUGGAGUACUUCUACGCAGGAGUUGUGUUCAUGAAGGAUUUUGUGAGGCUGAAGAGGAGGAUAGGUGAGGAGGAAGGAGGUGAUGGAGUGCAGAAGAUGGUUACAGAGCUGAUGAAUGCUAGAGAGUGGUCUAAGUAAGAUGCACCUUACGUUUCAACAGAAGAGUUUGUACUUUUAUAAUGAGUUCUUGGGCGAGACUGGGAGCGGGCAAAGUGAGCUGACUGAGGAAAUUCAUCAGGAUUUUGAUAUAAGGGAGGGAGUACAUUAUCAGAGUGAUAAUUUACACUUGAGAAAAAGAUCUCAUUCACAACUCGAAAAUGGAAUUAAUGAGCAAUAUUAUGAGAGUCAUAAAAGACCUAGACUUAGUGAGCUUGAUAGAGUCAAGCAAGAAUCAAUACGAAAAGAAGAAGAACAGAAACUUGCAGCUGAAGAAGCCAAGGAACUGGUCAUUGGAGAAUGUAAAAUCUGUCUCGAUGACAUUAACAUGGAUACAGUUCAGGGAAUUGAUACCUGUGUUCAUCUAUUUCAUAAAGAAUGCUUGCAAACGUAUCUUGAGACAUCCAUCGACAACAACAAAAUUCCUCUGGUAUGUCCUAUUGGUGAAUGCAAGGAAGAGAUUCCUUUUCCAAUCGUCAAGGAGGUUCUCUCAGAAGAAUAUGUGGAACGAUUUGAUAAAUUCGCUUUCAAACUAGCUAUUAACAAGAAUUCACAAAGGUUUAUAUCUUGUCCCACUCCUGACUGUGAAUAUGUUGUCUGAGUUGAAGAAAAUGACCUCCAAAUAAACCCUUACUUCAAAUGUCUUAGCUGUCAAAAAGAAUACUGCUUAGAAUGCGAAAGCCAGUGGCACAAUGGCAUGAGCUGCCAAGACUACCAAACAACAUAUGGUAAAGGGAAGCUGGAUUUCAAUGAUAAGGCUGCUAUUGACCACGCUAUGGACAAUAACAUGAGAAAAUGCCCUGACUGCAAAAUGUGGUGCGUAAAAGAGUCAGGAUGCGAUGCUAUGGUCUGAUACUGAGGUGCUGGCUUCUGCUACAGAUGUGGUACAAAAUACAACGAUGCACAUGUAUGUCAAUGCCAGGGUGUCCAAUACAACAGGCUCUAAAUUUCCUUAAAAACAGACAUCAAGUUAGUUACAAUUUCCCAAAUUUAAUC